AUGUUCAGAACUUUUGGAUGUUUAUGCUAUGCAAAAAAACUUGGGACAUACAACAAGAAGUUUGAUGAAAGAGCUGCAGCUUGUGUGUUCUUGGGAUAUGUAUCUGGUACCAAGGGAUAUGGAGUGUACAACUUGGAAACAAAAGAGAUCUUUAUCAGCAGAGAUGUGAUAUUCUAUGAAACCAAGUUUCCAUUUUGUCAAGUAGUAUCAACCAGCACAGAACCAGCUGUGUCAUUGCCAGUUAUAGAUGAUGAUGAGGAUAUGGGAGAUGUGACACAAGAACACACUCAGAAGACACCAGAAGUAAACUCUGAUAAUGAAACUCUCAGAAGGAGCAGUAGGUGCAAGAAACCUCCAUCUUGGAUGUCUGACUAUGUAAUUGACUUGGCACAGGCUGAGGAGUUGAGCUUGUUCUUCUCUGAGGUGGACAAAACAGCCACAGAACCACUAUAUUAUGAACAAGCAAUUGGUGAUCAGAGAUGGAUAGAUGCCAUGCAUAAGGAACUAGAUGCACUGGAGUCUAAUAAUACAUGGAUUCUUACAAAACUCCCAGCAGGAAAAAAAGCCAUAGGGUCUAAAUGGGAUUCUAAACCUACUGUGACACCUUUACCCCAAGGCAUGAAUCUCUCUUCAAUUGAUUCUCCACCAUUGGAUCAUCCUGAGAAUUAUAGGAGGCUCAUUGGUAGACUGCUCUACCUCAACUUAUCAAGAGCUGACUUGUCUUAUGGCAUUCAACAACUUAGUCAAUUUAUACAAGCUCCUUCUCAAGCACACUGGAAUGCAACUCUCCACUUGGUGAAAUAUUUGAAUGGAACACCAAAUCUGGGACUUUAUUACAAAGCUAGCCCUAUUGGAGUGAAGUAA